GUCAAACACGAGGGUGGCAUCAUUGCAACAGACAUCAAUUAAGAGAUGGGUGGACAACGAUGCACAAAAGAAGUUGGAUAUUGCGUGGGCGGAGGCGAUGUUCCGUGCUGGCAUUGCGUUCAACUUCCUGAACUUUGACACGACGCAGAAGCUCCACGAAGAUUACUUGGAAGUGGCGAAUGCGCGACCGAAGGUCAAGCUGCCCUCGUACAAGCAUAUGAGAAUGGUGAUGCUUGACUACAUCUACUUGCGAAUUCAAAAGCAAGUGCAUCCUUUGACAGCCUGUUGGGAUGAAUUUGGUUGUACAUUCAUCACAGAUGGGUCAUCCGACCGUCGAGAGCGCCCUGUCAUGAACUUCUUGGCAGCGGGGGAGAAGGGUGCAGAUCUGGUGACCACAGUGUCAAUGACGGCAAGGAAGAAAACAGCACAAGCAUUGGCAAAGUUAUGGGAGCAGAUCAUGAGGGAGAUAGGGGUGCGUCGCAUCAACGCGAUCUGCACCGACAAUGCCGAGGUGAACAAGAAGGCUGCUCAGAUUCUGGAGCGCCGCACUGACAAAGACAUUGCAAGGAUUCCAUGGGUUCCUUGCGCUGCGUAUUGUUGCAGUCUUUUGCUGCGAGACAUCAGCAAGCUAGAUUGGGUGAAGAGCACUGUCAAGAGAGGUCACACUAUUGUGAAGUUCAUCCGGAACCACCACUCCACGAAUAGCCUGAUGAUGUUCAUGGAUGAUUCCCUGACAUUGCUUCGUCCCACAGAAGUUCGGUUCGGGUCAGUGUACAUGAUGUUGGAGAGGCUUCUGAACAGGAAGGCAGUGCUGUUGGAUAUGGUGGAUCGGAAAAAUGCAACACGGUGGACGGGGAUCCGUUGUGCAAUUGUGCAAAAUGCGAUGCGUUACCUGCAGAGACAGGUUGGAGGUUCUUGGAAAGGGUCAGACCACCUUGACGUUUUGGGUGACCUGCACGAGUUUCACAAGGAGUCCACGCCGAAUGGGCCCAAGAGAAAGGACAAGAAGAUGUGGGAGUCCGAUGCGAAGGUUGAUUGCGAGAAGCUCACACCGUCAGAGUGGUGGGCGACUUAUGAUGGCGAUGUCCCCGACUUGCAGGCCAUUGCCAUCAAAACGGUUGAGGAGCUGGUGCGGCAAAGUAGCUUCAUGAAGACACCGAAGGGAAGGAUUCGAAAGAAGCUCGAGGACGAAGAGGACGAGUGCUCCGACGACAGUGACUUGGAUGAUGAGUUGUGGAAGGGGAAGUGUGGAUUGUCGAAUGAGACGAGCGGCGCGAACGAGGAGGAGGAUGAAAGUGAUUCCGAUUUUGAGCUGGGAGCCCAGCCAUUGGUCCCGGGCACUACUUACGUUGGUAUGAGAGAACCUGCAGGGCGUCAGAGGGAGAAGCCGCCCGCGGUCUCUACACAGGCCCGAAGGGAAAGCUCCUCCCGAUACCAUCCUCAGUCUGACGUUGACACAGACAUCGAGUUGCUGCUGCAAACUGAUCCGGUUGAUGAAGAUGAGGCGGAGGCCGACCGUGCAAAGGCAUUAGCAGAUCGCGAUAGAGAUGUCGUCCAAAAACGGAUCAUGGAAGAGGAUGCCCGACGCGCAGCAAUCCCAACCCGGAGGGAGAUUGAGAGACGCAAGAAGAAGGUUGGGGAGAAGGAACCAGAGACACGUCGGCCAUCGGACGAUGUGCAGGAGCGAGAAGAGGAAGAGCAACAGCAAGUAGACCGGUAUUGAAGGUGGCGGACCAGCAAGAGGCGGAGCACUGCAAAGAGGCGGACCAGCAAGAGGCAGACCAGCAAGAGGCGGACCGGCAAGAGGCGGACCAGCAAGAGGCGGAGCACCGCAAAG